AUGGGAGAUUUGGUUAAAUAUAUAUUAGCUAUUGAACAAAAUAACCAUGAUAAAGUUAUUAAUACUCUUACUUCGAUAAUUGAUAAAAAACAAUCUAAUAAUAAAAAAAAAAAGAUUCUUUUAUUAAAAAGUCGAAUUAAAGCUUAUUUUCGAAAUAAAAACUAUCAAUCGGUAUUAAAUGAUUGUGUUAAAUUAGGAUCAAUUGGUUAUAUUAUUGCAGAUGAUGAACAUAUUUCAAUUAUCGAAGCUGAAUCUCAAUAUAGAGUCGAUAAAAAAAAAGCUGUACAAACUUUGAAUAGUAUUUCAAAUAAAUUUAAACGGAAAAAAAUUGCUAAUUGGGCUAAUAAUCUUGAUGCAAUUGACGAGGAUGAAAUGUUUGAUAAAGAUGGCUCAUUCUAA